UUUGUACUUUCAAUUUGCCUUCAUUGCACAUUUAUACAUCCCACUUAAUAACAUACAUUGUAUUUAAUUGUUUCACUUGUACAUUUUUUGCACUCUUUUAUUUGCACUUCUGGUCAGAUGCAAACUGCAUUUCGUUGUAGUGUACUUGAUCCAAGUUUAAUCUAAUCUAAUCUAAUGAUCGCUAAUGUCAAAAGCCGCACUGAAGUCUAACAAAACAAAUGAACAAUACUGGAUGUGAUUUCUGUCUGAAUAAUACUCAUAUCGUUAGUGACAAGUUAUCCCUUUUUCUUUUAGUUUUACUUUUACAAUGAUCGUUAUAGAUGCUUUUUAGGUUGUUUUGGAGGCUAAUGGUUCACUAUGGCAUACCAAUCUUUAACUAAAUGCCAGUUGAAAAAACAGGUGAUGCUGUAGUUUUAAAAGCCUGCUGUAGUGUCUCUUGAAUAUGAAAGUGAAGCUGUUUCUGAUAAAACCAUCUCUCCUCCUCUUUUCCCUCAAGCUGUGAACUUUUCACUUUCCUCUGGGCAUCAAAAAACAUAGGCUGAUUGUCUUUCAAUAGUCAUCUUCCAAAGAAAUUCACACCAUUAUGGUUCAAGGUGCCAAGGUUGAUGAGGUACUACACCAUCACCAUUGGCAAGACUAUGAGUUCUCAUAAUCAGUUUAUGAGACAACUUGGAGGAGGCUUCACUGAAGUGAUGUCACCAGCGCAGAGUGAUAUCAUCAUGGCUUUCUGUCCCAUCGUCUCUCGUGCUGGUACUGAUAUUGAGGCAGCACUGCCGCAGAUUCCAGAGGGUAAAGAUGUCAUUCUGGUAGUCCUGCAUCACUAUUUUAACCCAGAGUGCACUGUACCUGACAGCAGCAGACUAGUGACCAGAAGUGAUGUAAUACUCACAGUGGACUGUCUGUUCCAUGAGAGUAAGGGAGGACUACUGAACUGUCCUCGCAACAAAGCAGCAGUUGGUAAAAUUCGGAACCGGCUGAACAUGAAGCCAAAGGUGAUAGAUGCCAUCGUGGACAUCCCUGAUCACAGAAACAGGCCAAUGGUGUGUUCCUGGAUCCUUGAUUGCAUCAGGGCAGACAGGCGUUGUUGCCAGAGAUCACCAUUUGCAUGUGUUGUUGGGCUCAUUAUGUUUAUUGUUCUUUUGUGUUUGGUGGUAUUUUUGAUGGUUUCUUUCUGGAAACAAUGAGGUUUAUCAUAAUAACCUAAUGGAAAUAGAGCAAGUAGGUCUAAACAUCAACAGAGGAAUAAACUGUAGAAAUUACACAGACAACACAGAUAAACUGAUUUAAAUAUACAUUAAAAAUAAUGAAUAAAGCCUAAUAAAGCACCUACUCUACAUACCUCUAUCUAUCUAUCAGGAUAGUAUAUUAGUUUAAGAUGGCAUGAUGCUCAUGUAAUAUUGUAGGACUACUCUGAUAGUAUAUUCUGUGUUGUCACUUUGUUCUGCUUUGACUGCGCUUCUUUUAAAUAUUAAAGUCAUGAAAUUUC